GACUCCACUGAGAUGCACAUACCCAUCAUCUCAUAUAAACAAAAUAAAUGACAAUAUAUUUUGUCUACUAAGCUAGUGCAUUCUCUUCUCUUAGUUCUUGCAGACAGCUCGCAUCUGCAGGUUCCUUUGUGUCCAAACCAAGGAAAGGCAGGCUCCUCUCAUCUCCUGCCAUAUCUGCUGCUGCUGCUGCUGCUCCCCAAGCUUUCUUCCUCUCCUUCUCUCUUCAAGGUAGCUGGCUGCAUGCUCCUCGCGAGCUAGCCAUGGAGCCCAGGAAGUCGAAUUAUCUUGUUGCCCUCGUUUUGGCGUCGCUCUUGCUCUCCGCCAUGGCAGGAGGGCAUAGGAAGAGGCUUCUGAACAAAGAUGACGCAUCAGAAUCAAUGGAGACAUCGGAAUCCAUGCAGCAGCUGCAGGAAGACGACGAAAUGGCGGUGGUGGUCCACGAGAGAAUUCUCAGGCAGGUGAAGAUGAACGACUACGGGCGCUACGACCCUUCACCGACCAUGGCUAAGCCUCACUUCAAGGACAUACCUAACUAGCCAGCCCACUAUAUAUAUUGAGAUAUAUCCUUGAAUAUGUAUGUUAUGCUUGCUAGUCGCUCCUCUUAUACACAAGUAUAUCACAUAUAUUUGUCCAAUAAAUUCCAUGUAUCAUCACCAUGUGACUAUAUAUGUCCAUGUGCACAGUGCCACACUACGUACCUGUUGAUAUAUGUGCAUGUAUGAAGUAUGUCUGAAACUUAUUAUCAGUACUUA